CCACCUUAUAUUUCUUCAAGCAUCCCUUUCCUUGGACAUGCAAUCUCAUUUGGAAAAAGUCCCAUUGAAUUUUUGGAAAAAGCUUAUGACAAGUAUGGACCUGUAUUCAGUUUCACUAUGGUUGGCAAGACCUUCACAUACUUACUGGGUAGCGAUGCUGCUGCUCUACUCUUCAAUAGUAAAAAUGAAGAUUUGAAUGCAGAGGAUGUAUACUCUCGGUUAACUACACCAGUUUUUGGCAAGGGAGUUGCUUAUGAUGUUCCUAAUACAGUAUUUUUGGAACAGAAGAAGAUGCUCAAAACUGGGCUAAAUAUUGCCCAGUUUAAACAGCAUGUAUCUGUGAUUGAAGAAGAAACAAAGGAGUAUUUCAAAGCAUGGGGAGAGAGUGGAGAAAAAAACCUGUUUGAAGCCCUUUCAGAACUGAUCAUUUUGACAGCAAGUCAUUGCUUACAUGGGAAAGAAAUAAGAAGCUUACUGAACGAGAAGGUUGCUCAGCUGUACGCUGAUUUGGAUGGGGGUUUUACUCACGCUGCCUGGCUUCUGCCAGGUUGGCUACCUCUGCCAAGCUUCAGACGUCGAGAUCGAGCGCACAAGGAAAUAAAGAAUAUUUUCUACAAGGUUAUCCAGAAGCGUCGAAAGUCUGAGGAAAAGGAAGAUGACAUGCUCCAAACUCUACUUGAUGCUUCAUACAAGGAUGGGCGUCCGCUGACGGACGAUGAAGUUGCGGGAAUGCUUAUUGGGUUGCUGCUGGCGGGGCAGCACACAUCCUCGACCACCAGUGCCUGGCUUGGCUUCUUCAUAGCCAGAGACAAGUCAAUACAGGAACGGUGCUAUGCAGAACAAAAAGCAGUUUGUGGGGAUGACUUGCCACCGUUAACUUACGACCAGCUCAAGGAUCUCAGUUUGCUGGAUCGCUGUCUAAAAGAAACUUUAAGGCUUAGACCUCCUAUAAUGACCAUGAUGAGAAUGGCCAAAACUCCCCAGACUGUUGCUGGAUAUAAUAUUCCCCCCGGCCAUCAGGUCUGUGUCUCUCCCACUGUUAACCACAGACUCAGAGACUCCUGGAAAGAUGCUCUCGACUUCCAGCCUGACCGGUAUCUCCAAGAUAACCCAGCCGCUGGGGAGAAAUUUGCGUAUGUUCCGUUUGGCGCUGGCCGUCAUCGCUGCAUUGGAGAAAACUUUGCUUAUGUUCAGAUUAAGACUAUUUGGUCUACUUUGCUUCGUUUGUAUGAAUUUGAUCUCGUCAAUGACUACUUUCCAACUAUAAAUUAUACAACAAUGAUACACACACCUAAUAAUCCUGUUAUCAGAUAUAAGAGGAGGUCACUGUAAAUUCUGGAGCUAAAACCUUACUUAUUUAAGUUGUGUAAACUAACAGACUUUUGAAUGAAAUUGUGACAAAAUGAGUGGCAAAUGGAAACUGUUGUACCUACUGUUAGGAAUGCAACAAUCUACCAAAUGCAAAGUCUUUGCAUCUGUUUUGUUUGCCCACACCAUUUAAUGCUGCU